AUGCCUGCAGAGAUGGCGGCUAAGCCCGGCACCAAGACGAGAGGAGAAGAUGAAGAAGUAGCACGGCGGAGGUUGUUCAAGGCAACUCGUCUGUGCAAGUUCUUUCUAGCCGGCUGCUGCUCACGUGGAGAAACUUGCAAUUUCGCGCACUCCGUCGAUGACCUCAAGCAAUUUCCAGACUUCUCCAAGACUAGGCUGUGUGAGCCCUUCAUGAAGAGUGGCACAUGUGAGCAGGGUGUCAACUGCAAGUUUGCUCAUAGCCGUGAUGAGCUUCGACCAAGCUACAUCUCCUCCGCGAAGUCUAAACGGGCUGCAACCGGAGCAGCUUCUUCACAAGUUCCACAAGAGCCAGUGCAGGUGCCAGCCACAGCUGGCCAGGAAGGAGAACAGCCGGCCUCCCAGCUUCAAUCGUUGAUGCCAGCGGGCUCAGCGGCCAAGGUAGUCAGGGAGGACAGGGAGGACAAGGACCAACAGGACAGGGAGCAGGAUCUGGACAGGCAGUCCACAGAAGUGGUAGACGAAGAUGGACGUCGCUUCAGCCGGCAAACUACAGAAGACCCGGGCUACAGUCGCCAGACAACUGCUUUUAGCCGCCAAACUACAGAGGAACCUUCUUACACCGUCGGCAGCCGUCAAGCACCAGAAGAGCCGCGACGGCCAUUGCCGCUUUCGGAGCUCCUCAGCCUUCCAGAGCCUGGACCCGGCGAGACCGAGUCCUCUCAGCAGCCCAGCAGAGCGGUGAGUCGUGGCAGCUCCGAGUACGAAGCCCGGGAGCGCUCCGAAGAGCUCAAUGUUCGCUUGAAGAACACCUUCCUCCAUUUUGAGACGGCACAAACAUCAGAUGCGAGCGCAAAGGUGAAGGCGCGCCCCUCUUCGUUGCCACCAAACUUCCUGCGGCGCGGCCCUGGAAUGAAUGGUAGACAUUUCUGUUUGACUCGCUUUUUUCUGCUGGACCGACAAUUUGACAUUGCGGCCAUGCGUCGAAUCGCCGUCCUCUCAGCGCAUGCUACUGCCAGCGAGCCGUAUCGAAGCGACAAGUGCGAUGUAGAAGGCGUUCGCUUGCCUUGGCGGCGAUUCCCGGCCCGGCAACCGAGAGCCCCCAGUUUUCGGACAGUUGGAUACCAAGUGCAGGACGGUGUGGCCAUCAUCACGCGAAAUCGGCCUGAAGUGCUCAACGCCGUCAACUUCCAGGUGCACUGUGACAUGAUCGCUGCGUUCGAGGAGGCAGAAAACGAUGAAAGCGUCCUCUGUGCAGUUCUAACUGGAGCUGGGCGCUACUUCUGCUCUGGAGCAGAUGUGACCGGAAGGAAAGCUACGUAUUCGGCUGCUGAUCCGCCGCGGGUUCAACAGAUCAAGGCUGUCCUCUCGCAGUACGACCCGUUCGAUGCGAACACUUGGUCAGACGUGAAUAUGUAUGAUGCUUGGAUUAAUUUCUCCAAACCGCUGGUGAUCGCCGUCAACGGCCCGGCCAUCGGCGAAGGAUUUACUACACUGAUGCUUGGGGAUGUGAUCUACGCAGCAGAUUCCGCCUUUUUUUGGGCACCAUUCGCAAGAUUUGGAGUGGUGCCGGAAAUCACUUCCUCGCUCACCCUGGCCCAGAGAGUUGGCCCGAUGAUAGCAUCUGAGAUGGUUUUGUUCUCCAAGAAGAAGACGCCGGAGGAAAUGCAUCGUUGCGGCCUCGUGAACGAAAUCCUGCCCGCGGGAGACAAGUUCUUGCCGAGCGUCCUGGAGAGGGUGCGAUCGGGGCUUGAGCUCUCUGGCGCCCCCCAGAUACGGCUGAAGGCUUUGAGGAUGAUCAAGGGCCUAAUCAAAAACAAGGCCUGGCGCGAGCAGAUGAUGGCCCAAAACCGCCAAGAGCAGGAGAUGAUUCGCACCCGACUGCGCGAUGGGGAUCAAUCAGCCAACCUGAAGUAUUAUCAGGCCCAAAUGCCCAAGAAGAAAUGA